AUGCCGCCGUUUCUUCCCCGCAAGCAGCUCUCAUCUACGCCACCGGCCUCGCCGCACCCUCAGUCGGCAAAAAAGGUGAGACUGACAGAUGUGCUGGAUGCUGAAUCCAGGAAUAUUCCCGGCGUCGACAGAAAGAAAGUCUUCUCAGUGGGCAGCGAUGAUUCCGACUCAAGCCUUAGUGAGGUGGACAGCGACGAAUUCGAAGAUGUACCUGCAGCCGCCAACCUGCGUCAGGGUGCUCAGCCAAAUAAGGAGGAAGAAGAUGAUGAUGAUGACGAGGACGAGGACGAGGACAUAGAAUGGGAAGAUGCUGCAGGGAACACGAACACCGCUCCGGAGUCUUCGACACAUACACCGUUGGCGGACGGGCCCAUUGAAUUGGUCUUUCGUAAGGACGACAAUGAGAUCGAUUACGGCACGGCGGCUGCGGCCAGCAAGGGCAAAAAGGGCCCGUCUAAGCGGGAGAAGGAGGUCAGAGUGCGGACACACAAGAUGCACGUUCAGUUUUUGCUAUGGCACAACGCGAUUCGAAACAAGUGGAUAUGCGACAAGACCGUUCAGAAGACACUGGUGGACCAGUUGCCACCGCAGAUUCGAAAAGAAGUCGACAAAUGGAGAAAGGCUAGUGGCUUAGUAGAGCCCCAGCCGAAGGAGGAUCAGAACCGGAAGCGCAAGAGGCCAAUUGACCCACGGAAGGAAAGAGAUUGGGGACGACCAAGUCAGCGUCUGGAGAAGGGCAAAGCCGAUAUGAGCAACGGGGACCCUCUGAUAUCUCUCAUGAAAGUCCUGUCGGCAUACUGGAAAAAGAGAUUCGCCAUUACUGCGCCUGGUCUCAGGAAGCGAGGGUACGGAACCAAACAAGCCCUGAAGCGGGCCAUCUACUCAUUCAGAAACGACGAACACGAUCCUGAAGAACAUGGAGAGCGGAUACGUAACCUCGAUGAGUUCCGCGAGGCCGCGAGAAAAUGUGAAGGGUCAAGAGAUGUAGGAGCCCAGCUCUUCACCGCUCUACUUCGAGGACUUGGAAUUGAGUCAAGGAUGGUGGCAAGCCUUCAGCCCUCUGGGUUCGGUUGGACGAAAGCGGAACAGUAUGUCGCGCGAAAGCCGGCCAAGACGCUUGAGGAUGAUGAUACUUCAUCCGAAGAGUCAGAUUUAGACGACUCCAGGUCCAUAUCCGAGAUCACCAAGUCUCGGAACGGCAAGAGCAAGACGCAACCCCGGAAAGGAGGAAAGCAACCUGUGAAGAAUUUAAAACUCAGCGGAGUUAUUGACCUUGACUCUGAGUCGAACGCUGACAAUGACGAGAAAGGAGACGACGAUUCGGUGUUGGAUAUCACCCCUUCGAUGCCAAAGAGGCGCCCACAAAAAUAUGACCGCGAUAAUCCGUUUCCAAUAUACUGGACGGAAGCAAUAUCUCCCAUCACCAACAAAGUUCUUCCGGUUUCUCCUCUAGUUCUUGCUUCGCCCGUUGCUUCUACCCCUGAGAUAUUGGCCACCUUUGAGCCUCGCGGCGCAAAAGCAGAGAAGACGAAGACCGUGAUGGCUUAUGUCGUCGGGUACUCAGCUGAUGGCACCGCCAAAGACGUAACAAUCCGAUACUUGAAAAAGAGGAUAUGGCCGGGCAAGACGAAAGGGUUCCGCUAUCCCGUCGAGAAGAUCCCGGUAUACAACAAACAUGGUAAAGUGAAGAGAUACGAGGACUAUGACUGGUUCAAACGUGUCAUGAGCUCUUAUGUUCGACCAGACUCGAAACGGACGGCUGUCGAUGAUGUCGAAGAGUCGUAUGACCUUGUUCCACAGCUUCCAGAGAAGAAGGAAGUCAAUACAGACAUAGAUACUCUCCAGAGUCUGAAAGCUUCAGCCGACUUUGUACUCGAGCGGUUUCUGCGACGCGAAGAAGCACUGAGACCCGGAGCGAAACCUGACCGAAUGUUUGUAUCCGGCAAGGGCGAAAACUUGAAGCAGGAACCGGUGUACCGUCGCAGCGAUGUCGAGAGGUGCUUGACGGCCGAAUCAUGGCACAAAGAAGGCCGAAGGCCCAAAACCGGUGAAGCACCCUUGAAGCUUGUCCCCGUCCGAGCAGUGACCCUGACCAGAAAACGCGAGGCCGAGGAGCACGAGAGAAUAACGGGCCAAAAACAGAUGCAAGGGCUUUAUUCCUGGGAUCAAACCGAAUACAUCAUCCCGCCUCCCAUUGAGAACGGCGUGAUACCAAAGAACGCCUAUGGAAAUAUCGACUGCUUCGUGCCUAGCAUGGUUCCGAAGGGCGCUGUACAUGUUCCGCUCAGGGGAACCGUGAGGAUUUGCAAAAAGCUCGACAUUGAUUACGCUGAAGCCGUAACGGGCUUUGAGUUUGGUAACAAGAGAGCAGUGCCAGUCUGCACGGGAGUCGUUGUUGCCAAGGAGAACGAGAAAGCCGUGAUUCAAGCCUGGAAAAAGUUCAAUGAGGAGCAAAAGAAGAAAGAAGAAGGCAAAAUGGAAAAGUUGGUUUUAGAUCUAUGGCGAAAAUUCGUCAUGGGACUAAGGAUCCGCGAGCGUGUCCAAGACACCUACGGAGACGCCGGCGCCAUGGCCGACCUUGGUGAUGGCACUACCAAAGACCAGCCGAUCAGUCUGGACGAUGAUGAGGAUAUGCCGGGCGCUGCGCUGCCACUGGCAGAUGAUGAUUACGCCUUUGGCGGAGGUGGUUUUAUUGUGGAUGACGAGGAGCCAGCUGUGCCCGAAGAUUUGGUCAUGGUCCAUCAUGAAGAGCCGCCGAAUUUGAAAAUGGCUAAGGGCAAAGGAAAGGACCAAGAGGAUGCGGCGUACCCGACGCCGACGUCGAUAUCGCCAUUGAAAGCGCCUGUGCGGCGGCCACGGGCGUCACUGCUUCGCGUUUCUCAAAAUCGCGACAACGUCAGCGCCAGCGACGGCAUGAGCGACGACGACGGCUCCGAGCUUUCUCCUAUGUCAAGUCAAGUCGAUGAUGAUGGUUCCGACCCGCGCGAAGGCAUGUCCAGUGUUUCGGGCAAUGAAGGCGAGGCUACAGGGCUGAAAUCACAGACGAUGAUUGAAGUGUCCAUCCCUGGGCCGCGGCUCCGGCGUUCGCGGAAGGUCGUCGUUGAAAGCGAAGACGAAGACGAUCUCUCCGAUGGUUCCGAAUCGAUUCUGUCCAGUGCACCAGAGGAUAGUGAGGACGAUGAGGACGAGUACAAGCCCGCGAAGAAAACAUCAGUAGCAGCCGCAGCCACAGCGGGAGCGCGCAAACGUGGCGCACAGGGCGAGACGGGAAGCAUGUCGAUGAACCAGCCAAAGACAAGAAGCGGAGGGAAUCCUCGGAAGAGACCGCCAACGGCCAAGAGCAAGGAGGAAGGUCAUGGUGCAAACACUGCUGGUACCAGACGCGCUUCAAACGAAGAAGAGCCUGCCACACCACAGCCGAAGCGUACGAGACGGCAGUUGAGGAGAGAUAGCACGCUUGUGACGAGUCCAUAUUUCACGGGCUGA